AUGUUAGACGAAGAGCUGCAAUCAAUUAAAAUCCUCCCCACCCACGGGAGAGUUAUGAAUCCACCAUCCUUUACACCAAAGGCUAUUGGUGAGUACCUCAAAACAAGAGUCACCGACCUUGUUCCUUCGAGAGAAUACGUCGCCGCAAACAGACAUUUAUUGAACCCUCUUCCAGGUCUUAGAGAGAUUCGGGGCAAGCAGUGGCUCUUUAUUCUCUGUGCCUUUAUGGGCUGGACAUGGGAUGCUUUCGAUUUCUUCACUAUUUCCCUUAACAUUGAUACUCUUUCAAAGCAGCUUGACAAAAAUGUAACAGACAUAACUUGGGCCAUCACCCUUGUGCUUAUGUUCCGUACAGUCGGUGCUUUAGUUUUCGGUUUCUUGGGUGACAAGUAUGGUACUAAAUGGCCAUUUGUUGUAAAUUUGGGAUUAAUGGCUGCCAUUCAACUCGGUACCUCUUUCAUCAAAACAUUCCCACAGUUUUUGGGAGUUCGUGCUGCAUUUGGUAUUGUCAUGGGUGGUAUCUAUGGUAACGCUGCUGCCUUAGCUCUUGAUGACUGUCCUCCCAGAGCCAAAGGUUUCAUUUCUGGAUUUCUUCAACAAGGUUAUGCCUUUGGUUACUUAUUGGCCGUCAUUUUCGUGAGAGCUCUUGCCGACACACAAAAGCAUUCAUGGAGAGCUAUGUAUUGGUUUGCUGCAUGUGUGUCUGUCAUCCUCACCAUCUCUCGUGCCCUCUUGCCAGAGACGGAUGCAUUCCAAAAGAAAGUUUUGGAGGUACAGCUUCAAAAGGAAGCUGGAAUCACACCAGAAUCUUUCAAGAGCAAGGCUGGAAAAGCGCUUAAGAUUUACUGGCUUGUCAUGAUCUACUUGAUUCUUUUGAUGGCUGGUUUCAACUUCAUGUCUCAUGGUUCUCAAGAUUUGUUCCCAACUUUUUUGACAAAACAAUUAGAAUUUUCUAAAAACAGAUCUACUGUUACUAACUGUGUCGCUAAUAUCGGUGCAAUUAUUGGUGGUCUCGUAAUUGGUCACUUUUCUAACUUCAUGGGAAGACGUCUCUCCAUCAUGAUCUGUUGUGUUGGUGGAGCUGCCUUAAUCUAUCCUUGGGCUUUUGUUAGAAAUGGAGGAAUUAAUGCCGCUGUUUUCUUCUUGCAGUUCUUUGUUCAGGGUGCUUUCGGAGUGAUCCCAGCGCACUUAUCUGAAUUGGCCCACCCCGAGUUCAAGUCGUUCAUCGUUGGUGUCGCAUACCAGUUGGGUAACUUGGCUUCUUCGGCCUCUUCGACAAUUGAGUCUCAAUUAGGAAAGAACUUCCCAAUCAAGAACAGCAUGGGAGUCACCAUUCAUGACUACGGAAAAGUCAUGGCUAUCUUCAUGAGUGUUGUUUUCUGCUACAACCUUUUCAUUGCAUUUAUUGGACCGGAAAACAGAAACAUUGAGUCUGAUCACCUCGAUAAAUUGGCCAACGAGGAGUUUGACAGAGACUCGAAGUUCAUUGUCGAGAAAAAGGAGCACAUUGAUGAAUCCCUGUAA